CUUCCGAGGAUUCAAGACAGGCAACAAAAGCCUGGAUCUGCACGGAAGCCACUGAACCGAAGAUGUAUCCGAGGAAGCUGCCACCCUGGGGGCAUUGUAAUACGUCACCUAAUGUACGUCGUCUCAAAAGCUGGGAUCGCAGCACAACAAACAUCAUCAUGGAGCCUCCCACCAGUCACUCAACAUGAGCAAUCAAUCCAAGUAACGAGAAACGGGAACAAAAAGGAAGAUGCCUUCCCCAAUCCCCCGCCUCCUCCCACCAAUCUUCUCAAUCUUCGACUCAGGCCUCGCCGAAACAGCAAACCUCCCCCUCUUCUACCUCUCCCACGACGCCGAACCCUCCGAGGCAGACAACGCAAUUGGCAUCAACAUUCACGCAGGGCCCUUCUCCACCGCGCCCAUCAUCGCGCACCUCACCCACCGCCUCGUCAGCCUACCGGGCUAGAAGACCCGUCGCACAAUGCAAGUCCACCUCGAACAGCCGCAGUCUUCUCUUCCUUCACGCCCCCGCCGCCGGGAAAGCAACUCCAGCGACACCCCCAAGGUCCUCCUCCACGAAGACCGCGGCCGGCAGGGAAAUGCAUUGGGUUUCCGCUCGCUUUUGAGCCGCAUCAUCCGCGGGAGGGGGUA